UCCGGGUCACGCUUCAUGGAGCGUUUUGGACAGGCAGGCAGCUCGCGCUCUGUUUUCACUUGUUAGCGCUCUUUUGUGGCGUCUUGGCGACGGGAAUGUUCCGGUUCCCGGUCCGGUUCUGUUCACACACUGCAGGCUGAGGAUCUGGUGUUCUGGUGGACGCCCCGUGUCCUGGGGUUUAAACUGAGACGUGAAGAAGGGGUGACAAUGUCACGGCACCGUUCAAGAUCACCUCCGCAUUCAAGAACUUCGUCGCUGCUCGGAAGGCGAGACGGAUAUUACGGUGAGCAGUACCACGGGGCGGUGCGUUCUGAUCCGUGGAGAGGUUCUGAAAAUGUCAACAGCAGAAACGCGGACGGCGGCGUACGUUGGGAUAACGGGUCCUCUCAAGCAGAGGAGCAGGUUGACCACUGGGCCAAGUUCAUCGAGGCUAUCGGUCGUGUUGAAAAGCGAAACGUUUCGUCCAUGUCGAAGCACCACGUGCAGGAUGGCGUCCGGAGUUUCGAAGAGGAUUCGACGCGCUGUCCGAGACAGCUGCCUAGGGAGCAAUUGUCUUCCCUGGAAGCGUCACGUUAUGGCAUGGAAUCACAUAAGAGGGUUCUUUCUCCAGGUCAGAGGAGGACGGAGCACGAUGGUGCCUCUAGGCAUUCACAAGGAAAGAGACAUGACCGAAUGGAGCACGUCUAUCAUAAUGAAGAACAUGAAGACCGAUUUGCAAGAAGCGCCUACAGCGAGAGGUCACUGAAGUCAAAUUAUACGCAGCUACAUUUUGAAGGAUUCCAUGAGUUGGACCUACGGGAGGAAUAUACUACAUCACACAGGGGCUUCAGCCCACAGUGUACCCCUCUUAUAGUGGAGCAUGAUCAUGGGAUCCCAAAACACGAUGUAAGGAUUCUCAAUCCAGGUAGGGAACGGGAACGUCCGAGAAGUCGCGAUCCAACCAGAGAGCCUGGGCAUUCAAGGACCCAUGAUCUAAGUAGGGACCGAGAGCGUCCACGGAGCCACGAUGUGGUUAGAGACAACGAGCAACUAAGAAGCGGUGGUCCCAUUAGAGACCGAGAGCUUCCAAGGAGCCGCAAUCCGGUUAGCCAGCAUGAGCAUCCAGGAACACGUGAUCCAGAGAGAGGCAGAGGGUAUCCACAGGGCAGUGGUAAUUUUAGGCAACAGGAGCAUCCAAGGAGCCGUGAUCUAGUUGGGGAUCGAGAACAUCCAAGGAGAAGUAAUUCACUGAGAGGAAAUGAUUUACCAAGAGGUUAUGCAAAAAACAGUGAACCACAAGGGGGAAGAAGAUCCUCAAGAAGCAUGGAACGCCAUAAACAUGGAAGGGAUUAUAAUGAUCAGCCAGAAAUCUCACAUGAGAGCCCCAGUGGUUUGUUGAACUAUGAUAUGAGAGAAGACUCAAGAUUCCAUAACACUUCGGCUGAAAGAGGCAUGCGACACCACAAGGAACAGCCAAGGAUGGGAUCACAUUCAAGAGAGCCCCAUGGUCACAUGGAUGCAGUGAAUGAUCGAGACUACAGAAUGGAUGAGGGCAAUAGGGCAAGUGCCUCUGUUCACAGCUGGAAAGGAGAGGUGCAACCGAGAGGGAAGCAUGGUGGCGUGCCGGGACACGGAAACAAUCCGAAAAGAAAUCUUCAGCAAAGGCUUUUGAGCCAUCCUGGAGCUGUUACGGAUUUUGCCGGUCACGAGACUCUGAAGAUCAAAGUGGACAUGAGUCGCCCAAUUGGCCAGAGCAGCCACUUAGGCUAUUCCUCUGAAAGGCAGUUGUCACUUGAUUUGGUCAAUGUGGGUCGACAGCGUCUCGACUUCCUGCCCAUGCUGGAGCAUUCUGGGACUUUUAGGGAGUCUGCGAUGCACUCCGGGACCUUCGCACAAGAGAUCAUCACUCUGGUGCACCAAGUCAAAGAAAAUUAUUUCCAGGGGCAAGGCGUCACACUUAACGAGCGAUUCUCUAACGAACAAGAGUAUUCUCUGGGGGACAAGUUCGCAGAGGAGGAGCAGGACAUGGAGGGCGUCGGGCCUGACGUGAACAGGCCAAUUGGUUCCGCAUCAUUAGACACUCAGAUUUUCUGCAAGAUUGGUCCAAUGCAGACGCGGAGGAAGCCUCCUUUUCCUGCUCCCAGUGAUCUCCGGCAUGACCUGGAGAGAAAGAGACUGGAGAGACUGGAAGGUGUGAAGAUCACAAUCGCCGGAGCGAAUUUCCCUCAGAUGCUGCCUCAGAGUCAGGAGAACGAGGCCGUAUACGUGGGUGAUGAAGACUCGUGUGAGGCAGGCUGGUCCGAGGAGGUGCCCCAGCUGACGGAACACUGGGACGAACCUCGCCCAAAAAGGCCCGCCGUGAAUUCCAACCCCAGACGGAAUUUCAAUCGCGCCCGCAAUCGACUCGGGCAACGCAUGAAAAGGAACUUAAACAACGGCCCCCGAUGGUGAGGAUCAGGACAGAGGUGAAGCUCCGGGAUUGUAACCACGAGUGUGUCUCGAUCUUGUGUUCACACACACUUUAUAUUUUCUUCACAUGCCGUCUCCGUCUUUAUCAAUAGUUCCAUCUGUCAUUUAUAUGAAAUGUCAUUGUUUUGAUCACAAAGAUCAAAGAACGACAUGCUGUAAUCAUUUUUACGUGCAGCAUAAAUUUGGGAAACGUUCCAAAACGUUGUUGGUUAUUAGAGGCACCAGCAAUCAACAUUAUAUCAAUAUUGUCCAGAGAGUGUAAGUCCUUUUUAAUGAUCAUCACCAGGUUCAACCUUCUCCCUUUUUCACAAUGUAUCGCAUUCACAAUAUUUCGGGGUUUUUUUUGGGUUUUUUUCAACAACGAAACAAGCCGUGGGUUUUGCGACAUUUUCCCUCCCAUUUAUCAUGUUUUAAUUUGUUUUAAGAGAAACAAUUGUUUAUGUUCAGAAGAAUUUUCAUCUAUUAAUGUACAUAUAGUUUUGUAUGAAAUAAAUAUACACAUAACA